AUGCUCCCCCGCAGACUUCGCUACAAUACAUCUCAGCUUCGAAACCCACAGCAUACGCCCUGUUUUCCGAUCACGACCACCGCAUCAGGAGAUAUGAUGACAGCUUUCUUAGCGAGGUCGGAGGCCCCCAGCCGCGGCCGUACCCGGACGAAGCAGGCAAAGCCACCCCCCUGCAAAUUCUCAUGCACGCACUGCAAGGCGACAUUCAAUCGCGCUGCCCAUCUGAGGCGUCAUGACAAAACUCAUCAAAAUGACAAACCUUACAAGUGCGAGCUUUGUCCAGUCUCGUCAUCGCGCAAGGACGUAAUCCUCCGUCAUACAAGGAAUUUCCAUCCGGAGAUAGCUUCUGCGAGCGCCGAGGACGAUCCUGGACCAACAAGUGAUGCGGAAGAUAUUGAACCGUCCGUAAAUGCGUCAUUGCCUUCAUCGGCCUCCCCAAGAAGCGCCCCGGCGAACCCGGCUCCGUGGGCACUCCCCUCUCCUGGCGAUCCCGAACAAAUCGGCGACAGUCCCGAGACACCGGUAUCGCAGCCUUUGCUCACUGAAGACGUCAAUAAUCUGGAGAAUUACCUGCCGGUGCCAGAAACACAGCUGUUGGAGCCCGAACUCUACGCCAACGAGGUUACCGGGACCUCCGGGAUAACCCUUCCUGAUCACGAAAUGCUCGACUUCCUCGCGACAUCUGAUCUCCCCAUGCCAAAUACCUGGGGUAUUUUUGCCAGCGAAACCACCCCUGUCCUGAAUCCGGCAGAGUUCUUGUCUAACUGGGAAAGAGACGCUCCUGUGACAGCGCUCGUGGAGCCUCUGCCUCCCGGUUCGCCUGCAUCAUAUUCCCAUGAUUCACCAUGUUGGAGCUGCUUUAGCUUGACGGAUGAUGAGUACGAGAAGAUAGUCGCUGAUCUAGCAGAGUCUGACCCCAGUGGAACACUCUCACAAUUCCGAUUUCCUUCCAAGCAUGCUGUCAUUCGAUUUGUAAAGGCAUUUUUCAAGCACAUGGCUCCUCAAUUCCCUGUCUUGCACCCUCCCACGUUCGCUGUCAUCUCAGCGCCCUUGCCUUUGCUCGUUGAAAUCAUGGCGUGUGGCGCCAUGUAUUCCCGUGAACGGCGGACGGCAGAGAAGCUCCAUAGAGUUGCCAUCCAACUUUGUUCCGAGCACUGGAAGAGAGGUGGCAAGACGCAACUGUGGUGGUUGCAGGCCAAUCUAUUAUUGGCCUUCUUUGAAAUGUACAAUGCCGACUGGAAGGUUCCCCAAAGAGGCAUGGCCUUGCUGUCCGAGACUGCCAAAAUUGCCCAUGAGGCUUAUAGUGCGAUGAAAGGCCUGUCAAAAUCGAACUAUAAGAACUGGGUGAGUCUGGAGAGUACGAUCAGAUGUAUGGCAGGCGCGAUUGUCAUCGGGGCAACACUGAAUUCUACCAUGAAGGAAGAAUACUUCAAAGUCCUGGGCAUGGACUUCGAUUUCACACUGCCUGCCAUGAAUAGCGAAUGGAUGAAGAACGAGAGCGAGUGGGAACAGCCCGUUGACGCACCCAAUAUCUCGGAUACUAUGAGGCUCAUCCACGCAGGGAAAACAUAUGACCCGAGCCUGAGUGAGUUUGGACUUCUGACCAUCAUGUCGACUUUUCUUGGACAUGUCUCCUCUUUUGAGCUGCUCACUGGCUCGCGGCAUCCGCGUCUAUGGACAGCCUUUGUUACUGAAAUGAGUGGGCCAGUCCAAGUUCUGGAUGAGCUGUGCAAGAAUGCAUCUGCCUGCAUGAGCGAGAACAGCACCACUCACUCACCGCUUCUCAAGACAGCGAGGGCUUUGCUUGACUCCAUUUACUACCACCUGUACGGGUCAAGUCAGUUGUUGAUAAUGAAAGAACUUUUGGCUUGUCCAGAAAUCCUGGUGGACUCGGAAAGCUUCAAGCAGCUCCUACGAGCAUCAUCCACAACUAAUUUUGAUAAAGCCAUCAAAAGAGCAGCAAAAGUCUUCCUGCAAGAGACACGACAGGGGCUACAGUAUCUAGGGAACCUCGAAGCUUCUCAUUUCGGACCAGUGUCGACCACGGCAGUCUUUGAAAGAGGUCUCCUUCUGUGCUGCUAUCUCCAAACAAGACGCUCACAUAGUCCAACGACGAGUUCACAGUCGCCGCUAGACGCCCUCAUCAGCGAAGGAAUCACAGAAGUUGAGUCUCAGCAGGUUUCGGACUACAAGUAUCGAAUUUCUGCUAUACCGUUACUGGCUAGCUCAAUGAUUCUACGGGACGCCUCAGUUUGGAAAUGGCCACCCGUAGUUUCGUCAAAACUAGAUGCUUUGAUCGAGAAACUAAACCUCUUAUCUUGA